AUGCCACGCAAAACAAAAACCUCCCAACAACAACAAAACCAAGACAAGGACCCCCUAAAACAAAACCCCCACAUCCGCACAACCCCAACCCACAUCUUCUUCCACUCCGGCCCCCUCUCAAACUGGCAUCCCAGCACGCCCCCCUUCCCGGGCCACAGAGCCCUAACCCUCUGUCUCCCCGACCUCGACGCCCUCGGCAUCCCCCACCCAUCUCUCCAAUCCGCCGUAACAAGGCUAAUAAGCUCCUGGUCCUUCACCUGCGGCGAGCAAUGGAUGAUGGCCAUGAAGGGGUGGUUAUUUGAGGAUAUACCCGGGUUGGAUUCGGGGGUGGAUAUCUCGGAUGAGGAGUUUGAGGGUGUUAGGGCUGUUGCUUUGGGGAUUUCUGAACCGUUACCUGAGUGUAUCAGGGAAAAGGCGAUAUGGGAUUCGACAGUUGCGAGUGUGUUGAGGACGAGGCAGCCGAGGGUGCAGAAGGCUUUGGGGCGCUGUGCGGAGGGGUUCAGGGAGGAUGUUUGGGAGUUUGCGAGUGAGGUUAUUGUCAUUGCUGGGUGUGUGGCGAGGGCCGAGGUAGAUGAUGCUUUGAGGGAGGUUUAUCUUGCGAGUGGGGGACGGAGGUUUGUGGAGGGGAGUGUGAGGGAUCGGGUUUGGGGGGUUGGGUUGAGGUGGGAUUCGGGGGAGAUUGAGGAUGAGGGGAAUUGGAGGGGGAGGAAUUGGUUGGGGAGGUGUCAUGAUGAGGCGGCGAGGGUUGUGAGAGCGUCUUUUGAAUAG